AUGGCUCCCCACGCGGAAGUCGGAAUGGGCUCCUCGAACGGAACUGCGACCACCACCCCCGGAUCCAAGGCGGAUCUUUUCACCGUCAACUCGCCCAAUGUUGUCUACACGGAGAACGAAAUCCGAACCAAGUACACCUACCGUACGACCUUGGUCAAUGAGACUUCAGAUGGCAAAUUCGAAGCGAUUCCCAAGGAGACUCUCUAUGACUUCAAGGUCGAACGCAAGGUCCCCAAGACUGGCAUGAUGCUUGUUGGCUUGGGAGGUAACAAUGGCACCACUGUCACUGCCGGUAUUAUUGCAAACCGCCGUGGCCUGGUCUGGGACACCAAGGAAGGCCGCCAGAAUGCGAACUACUAUGGCUCAGUCGUCAUGGGAUCUACCAUGAAGCUCGGCACCAAUGCUAAAACCGCCGCGGAUGUGAACAUUCCCUUCCACGACGUCUUGCCCAUGGUUCACCCAAAUGAUCUUGCCAUCGGUGGCUGGGAUAUUAGCGGAAUGAACUUGGCCGAGGCUAUGGACCGAGCUGCCGUUCUCGAGCCAACAUUGAAGGCCCAGGUCAGCAAGGAAAUGGCCCAGAUGGUCCCACUUCCCAGCAUCUACUAUCCUGAUUACAUCGCUGCCAACCAGGAAGAUCGUGCCGACAAUGUUAUUGAGGGUAGCAAGGCUUCCUUGGCUCAUGUUGAGCAUAUCCGUAAGGAUAUUCGCGAGUUCAAGGCCAAACACAACCUCGACAAGGUCAUUGUUCAAUGGACUGCCAAUACCGAGCGCUUUUCCGAACUUGUGCCUGGUAUUAAUGACACCGCUGAUAAUCUCAUGAAGGCUAUUGAGAAUGGUCACGAGGAAGUUUCCCCGUCGACCGUCUUUGCUGUUGCCUCGAUUCUCGAGGGCGCUCCGUUUAUCAACGGCUCUCCUCAGAACACCUUUGUUCCUGGUUCUAUUGAGCUUGCAGAGAGACACAAUGCGUUCAUCGGUGGCGAUGAUUUCAAGUCUGGCCAGACAAAGAUGAAGUCUGCUCUUGUCGACUUCUUGAUCAGUGCUGGUAUUAAACUCACCUCCAUUGCAAGCUACAAUCACCUUGGCAACAACGAUGGCAAGAAUCUUAGCUCCCAGAAGCAAUUCCGCUCCAAGGAGAUCUCCAAGUCCAACGUUGUCGAUGACAUGGUUGCGGCAAAUUCCGUUCUCUACAAGGAAGGCGAGCAUCCUGAUCACACCGUUGUAAUCAAGUACAUGCCAGCUGUUGGGGACAACAAGCGUGCUUUGGACGAAUACUAUGCCGAGAUCUUCAUGGGUGGUCACCAGACUAUCUCUCUCUUCAAUGUCUGCGAAGAUUCCCUGCUUGCCUCUCCAUUGAUUAUCGACUUGGUCCUGAUCACUGAGAUGAUGACCCGCAUCCAAUGGAAGAAUCAGUCCAAUGAUGGUGCCGCCACUAAGGACUUUGGAAACUUCCACAGUGUUCUCAGCAUCCUCAGCUACAUGCUCAAGGCUCCAUUAACUCCCCCGGGAACCCCGGUCGUCAAUGCUCUUGCUAAGCAGCGAGGCGCCUUAACCAACAUCUUCCGCGCAUGUGUCGGUCUCCAGCCUGAGAACGACAUGACCCUUGAGCAUAAGCUCUUCUAA